UUUUCUGCAGAGAAAUCGUCACCCCGUGGGAAAUGGCCAACAUCGGAUCCGGCCAUUCGGCAAAAGCAGCCUAGUCGUGGUCUAUGCCUGAUGAAGAAAAUGUUGUCAGCGCCGAGGCACAGGGGACCCAGAAUUGGCAAGUUUCUGGCGAACCUGUUGCUUCUUUCGAUGACAAAGUGGUCUGUGAAGGGACCAUCGUCGAAUUUAUCGCAUUCUACCGAAGUGGCUGGGGAACGUGCAACUGCCCCGUCUCUUUGACAUCCCACUACCUGCAAUUAGUUUGAUACUGAAUUAUCACUUCGACUUGUGGGUUUCGACUCCCAUCCCCAAAGCCAUCCCCAUUCGUUCUUCCUUCUAAGGGUCCUGCCGUACCCGGUGGGUUCUAUCGAUUUAUCGCCUGAGUUGAUGUGCUGCAAGAUGGGAGCAGUUAUGUUCCUACAGACGUACAAACGAAGGGACUACCAUAUGAUGGACUGCAAAUUCCCAGGCAUGCUUGGGAGCAGAACGGACCAACAUCUGCGGCGUUGUUCCAUCUGAUCGGGGAGCAUCGUUCCCCUGACCUUCGUUUGCUUGGAACGUGUUCGUCGGGUGCCUCGCAGUUACUAGCGCUGGGUUUUUAC